UAGGAUCAGACAGAGAAUAAGCAGCUGUGCAGUCAUCAGCCUUGACUUCUUGGAAUUACAGGUUGACCCACAUGCGGGCACAAGUGACAUUAGGACCUGUGAAAGGGGCUCAUAGGAACCCUAGGUAUGAAGACGAAACCAUGAUACUGGGAAGGGUAGACUCUAGCAUCCUAGUCAUUUUAUUUUAUUAUUUUAUUUUAUUCUGAGACAGGAUUUUACUAGGCAGCUUUCACAAAGCAUUGCUAACAAGCAACACAUUGCGCUUACCCCCCUGUGGAAGUUUGCUUUAGAACCGCCUUGCUCCUCUCCAUGUCUUGCCUUACAGUGAUGUCUGAUUCCCGGAUGAGCACCGUUUUCUGAUGAAUCACACGAAUGCAUUGGAAAUGUCCUUGAUAUGCAAAUUUUCCACUUUUCUUUUUUUAUUAAGAGGAAAACCCGUUCUUUUGAGAUGGGAUUUCUGUAUGUCGUUUCUCAAUGGACCCACAACAUGGUUAUAGGAAUGCAAGCUCUCCAAGGCCCUCUGGGGGUAACUCCCUGUAAAGCCAAGGUCACCCAACUGAAAACUUUGCCCACUGCUCUUCGAGCUUUGGUGACGUCAUCUACCCAGUGCCUCUGUGUUGCUGGAAAUCUUCAUUGUAAACUGGCCUGAAUUAGGCAAGAUUGAGAACCCUGAAGUCCCCCCGCCCCCGCCUCAGCCCCACCAUGCCACAUUUCAAGGCACCUGAGGUGUUGACAUCACUAACAGACUUUUGGGAAAGGCUUGACCUCUUCAUGCCUAAGAAAACUGAGACUACUGGGAAAGGACCGGGGUUUGAGUGUCUUGAGCCCCAUGUCGAAACACUUAAGUAACAACCAACGCCUUACAGGUCUGCUCCCAUGGCGGUGCUGGUGAUCAUCAGAAUUCCUGGAGGCCCAGAAGAGGAACUUCAGGCCCACUGUAGACAUCUUAGGAGGAGUUGCCACGUGGGGGCUGCUGAUGUUCAACACCCAGGUCUCCAGGAGUAAACAUCCACGAUGUGGCCCAAGUAGUGUCUUUCCACAGGAUGCUUUGUAAUUUCUCCCUCUGUCUGCACUGUGGUUGUGAAGCUCCUGGGAAUUGGUCCCAGGGGCCAUAAAAGAAUGCUGCCUUCCACUCUGUUCCUCAGACACCGCUCGUUCAUCUGUCGUCGUGGUCAUUGGAGAUUCUAAUGGUUUAACUUGAUGCGAGCCAAGUGGGACUCCCUUCUAGACUGGAGGUCUGAAAUUGCUCGUGGAGCCGAGUGGCUCUCAGCCAGGGGCAGUUUUGUCCUCUUGGAGUCAAGAGUAGGAAAUAUUUGGACAUUCUUUUGGCUGUCACAACGCAGCAAACUAGCACUACUGGAAUCUAGUGGAUAGCGCUCCAGGAUGCUGCCAAGCCAUCUUCUCGGGAUGCACUCGGGGCAGCCACCGCAACUAGGGAUUCUUCAACCCAAAAUGUCAACAUCAAUGAGACGAAGAGAGAUCUAAGCACACAGCUUGAUAAAUCUGUGUGGAGCUUAAUGACGGAAGGAGGUCAUUGCUUUAGAAUAUUGUAUAAGGGAAUUUUAAAAAGGAGGACGGCAGAGCUAAGUUUAUGCAAUUCUGUGUGGCAAGACAUUCUGGAUGAAAAGCAUCACAAACAGGGAUUGACCACAGCUAUCAGGAUCACUCAGAGGCAGGACCCCAAGGAGUCUUCCAUGUUCUUCCCCAUGGCUUCACCUGUCAACCCUCUGCCACCAAGAUCAGGCACCAUGUUGUACCAGGUCCUGCUUGACCACUGCGAUGCUACAGGAAACAGAGGGCCAUGUGUGUACAUCAGACUGAGGCUCGAAAUGCAGACCGAGGUAACACAGCAGGUGGCAGUGUAAUCCCUGUCACAUCUCAAUUCUUUGAUUAUCAAAUGUAUAGACUUUCUGUUAGACAUGGGUGUAAACUAAGCCCCUCUAGGAAAUAUCUUGUGGUGGGUAGAGGAAAGGACCCUUUUAAAACUCAAGGAAAGGUGCUUGCAAAAGGAAGUAGGCAUUGUGGCUAAAAGAAAAUUCGACUCUUUGGCCUCGCUGGUAGAAGCAAGAUGACAAAAGGAACGUCAUCCUUUGGAAAGCGUCGCAAUAAGACGCACACACUGUGCCGCCGCGUGGCUCCAAGGCCUGCCCUUCAGAAGUCGACCUGUGGCAAAUGUGGCUACCCUGCCAAGCGCAAGAGGAAGUAUAACUGGAGUGCCAAGGCUAAGAGGCGAAACACUACUGGGACUGGUCGGAUGAGGCACCUAAAGAUUGUCUACCGAAGAUUCAGACAUGGAUUCCGUGAAGGAACAGCACCUAAACCCAGGAGGGCAGCUGUUGCAGCAUCCAGUUCAUCUUGAGGAUUUCAAUCGGUCAUAAAAUAAAUG